ACUGUCCAAUGGGAUAUCAUGUACUAUCAUUUAUAAUACUAGAUGCACCCUUUAAAAUGAUGGACAGUCCAGAGGAACCCUCUAAAAUUAUGAACAGUCCAGAGGCACCCUCUAAAAAUGAUGGACAGUCCAGCGGAAUCCUCUAAAAUUAUGGACAGUCCAGAGGAACCCUCUAAAAUUAUGGACAGUCCAGAGGCACCCUCUAAAAUGAAGACAGUCCAGAGACACCCUCUAAAAUUAUGGACAGUCCAGAGGCACCCUCUAAAAUUAUGGGCAGUCCAGAGGCACCCUCUAAAAAUUAUGGACAGUCCAGAGAAACCCUCUAAAAUUAUGGACAGUCCAGAAGCACCCUCUAAAAUUAUGAACAGUCCAGAGGCACCCUCUAAAAUUAUGGACAGUCCAGAGGCACCCUCUAAAAUUAUGGACAGUCCAGAGGCACCCUCUAAAAUUAUGGACAGU